AUGGCGGGUGUAGAGAACACCGCAGACAAGAAAGCAAGAUUUGAAGCAGCAACUGAGACGAUUGACUCGUUUGUGAAUCUGAAAGAAGCUGAGCUGGAAUGUGCGAGAGAGAGGUCUUCAGUGUUGAGAAAGAGUUGGAGCGAAGGAAGUCUCGAAAUUCCUAACGGAAAAUACUACGAACUCCUAGAGGAAUCUGAGCGGGAUCUGAACUCAAUCCUUGGAGAAGUGGCGACGUUGCGUUCUGAGAAGAACAAGAUUGUUGGUGAACUUACCGACAUAUCUUUAUUCCAACAAGAAGUUCAAGCUGCCCGCAGUCGGGACUGGAGUUAUAUCGAUCUCCUGAUCUCAAGAUAUUUGCCUGUUCACGGCGCUAUUAAAUCGGUCAAACCCACAAAUUCCGAUGCUCGCCGGCCUCAGUUCAGAAAAGCUCUUAUAGAAGCAUCAGGGUCUCUUUCGUCCGAUGGGAAAUCACUUUGGUGCCCAAUUUCAAAAGCCUUUUGGCCAGCAAUUGCAUUGACCGCCGGACAUGUUGUUAAAGUCAACGUUGGUGACAAUGUCGCAUUCGCCCUGUUCGGAACACCAGAAGAUGAGAAAAGCCACAUUUGGUCCAAGAAGAACGGUAUCCUGAUGCUCGAGGAGUACGAGGAAGCCUGGGAUUCUGGAAGAUUUGUCAUAGUACCGAAGCUCAGAGACGAUGGUUCAGAAGAGGAGACACUCAAGAUUAUUGUCCUUGACAGAAGUCUACUGGAUGAGAAAGCCGCGAUUAACAGACCCUGGGGCAAGGCACUAGACGGCCUAGAACUACAGUUCAAGACAAAUCUCCGGCCUUUAAAACGAUACUUGUAUUUCAAAUUUGUCAUGACCAUGCUGCGGCGCCAGCGCGGGGAAGCUCCUGGAGCGGCUCAAGACAGAUACAAGGCUGGAGAUAUAGCAAAAAAGCUUUGGAUGACUCCGGGAGGUUACUUGAAGGAUUCGACCCUGUAUGCCUUAUCCCGACAGGCUGGGGUAAUGGAGGAUGAAAAGGCAAUUGAGUUUUGGAAUCUUAUGGCCAAGCCAGAGCCGGUGUCUGAGCUAGCUGAAGAGGUGUCUAAAACCCUCGCACUAACGGCGGAGCUUGGUAUGUCACUGCCAGACGAGAAGGGAAAAGGCAGAGAGACCGCCAGUGGUAAUUUGGAUGAUGAGGAGAUUGACGAAUAG